GGGGUGUGAGUCUAAGUGGUGAGGAGUGGAACUGAUUUUUGGUUGUGCACCUUUCACCAUGGUUGAGACACGUAGUGGCAAGCCCACCACCCCUUAUACGAAAGCUCAGGAAAAGCAAGCCGCCGCCGUACUUAAAGAGAGAAAAGAGAAGGAGGUCAAGAAGGAGUUGAUUAGGCAGGCCAAAAAGUUGGCCUUACAGCAGGAGCAGGCGGCGAAGACGAAGAAGUUGGAGGAAGAGAUGGAGAGACUGGGGAAGGAGGAGGAAGAGAAGAUGAAGGAAGUAAAAGAAGAAGAGGUAGAAGAAGAGGAGGAAAAGGAGGAACCCUUGGAGAGAAGACGCACGGAGGAGAGAGGUGAGUUCAGUGGCACGAAGGAGGAGGAAUCAGGGUUGGAAAAGAAGAUCUUUGAGUGGCAAGAUGAUGGCAAUGGAUAUAGGCCCGUAGAGUUCAUGUCCGCCAUGAUGCCUUCAGAAAAGGUGGCGACAUCCACUUAUGAAAGAGAACUCUAUGCUCUCAGGCAAGCAUUAGAUCACUGGAAGCAUUACUUGCUUGGGAGGCACUUCAAAGUCUAUUCAGACCACGACACUCUAAGGUGGUUGAAGACUCAGGCCAAGAUGACACCUAAGCUUACUAGGUGGGCCGCAGAGUUAGACCAGUAUGACUUUGAACUGAAGCCAGUUAAAGGGAAUAUGGCCACAGGGAAGGAACCCCUGUCCACUGAUUGUCGGGCGGAGCUCUUUGAAAGCCUUCAUGAAGCGACAGAAGGGACUUUCUUGAGAGGUGGCACGGGAAUCUCUUUUCUGCGGUUUGUCUACCAAGGUGGUGCAAAACGAGUUGCUCUGGAGGAAAGGAAUCUUGUUGCACAUUUGGCAUUCCUGCUGGAGCAUAAGCUGGUGGGUGCAUCUUCUUGAAAAGUUGGCAAGUUUUUAAGUUUGCUGCAGGUUGUCUGAGAGCAGCUGGUUUCAAGAGAUUUUGUUGAUCUAAUUGAAUGCAAAUGAAAUGGUUUGGAAGGU